AUGGCAACUGGCAUUCUACUGUUGGUUUUGGUGUGCAUUGUGCUUCUAGCUUUGUUCAUGUUCCUCUCUAUUGGAAUCACAUUUGGAAAGCUACUUCAGUACAAGGAAGUUCAUCAAGAAGGUUUGACAUUUCACUGGUACCAAGAGCUUGUGAGAGUAACUCUGGGGCCAGGUAAAAGAGGCCAGUGGACAUGGAAAGAACAACCUAAAUCUGUUUAUCUAACCAUCUUUGGCCCCCUGUUUGAAGACUUAAGAGGCCCUCCAAAGUACAUGCUUUCACAGAUAUCUGGUGGUACUGGCAAUCCUCCGAGUCAAAGAGACUGCAUCAUUGCCUCAGAUGAUGAAACAGAAGAUGCAGAAGCACCGUUCAUCCAAAAGUUGUUUGGGAUUCUUAGGAUAUAUUACGUGUUUCUGGAAUCCAUAAGGCGUGUCUCCCUGGGAAUUUUGGCAGGUCUCUUUGUUCCGGCUCGGUCUUCUAAGACUCCGGUGAUUAUUAUGCUGUCUAUGACUUCUUUUCAGCUAUUCUUCAUGCUGUUAAAGAAACCUUUCAUAAAGAAAAGGGUUCAGCUAGUGGAGAUAAUCUCACUCACCUGCGAACUUACGUUAUUUGCUACUUGUUUUGUCCUCUUGAAGAAGGACUUUUCUGUGAGAGCUGAGACUCAGACUGGGAUUUUUAUGCUUGUGCUGUUCCUAGUGGGGUAUUGUGCACAGAUCAUUAAUGAAUGGUAUGCUUUAUAUGUGCAAACAAAGAUGCUGGACCCUGAGGAAAAAUCACUCUUGACAGGUUUGAAAAAUGCCUCCAUUGGGUUUCUUCUGUAUUUCAUCCCUCAAAAGUGCAUUAAAGACUUGGUAAAGAGGUUACCACAAGAUGGAAAUGGGAAUGAAGAGCCUAGAGACACUGCUUCAGGUGGUGACAGGUCAAGGCUCUCAAGUAGUAGAAGCUCAGGUACACCUGAUAAAGCAUGGUUGAAACAGCUAAGGGAAUUUGCAAAGUCUAGCUUUGGUAGGGAAAGAAGUGUAAAUGAUCCUUCUACUAGUGGCACUACUGGAUGGAGUGGGUUCUGGGGAAACAAAAGGAGUGGAAGCUCGUCUUCUGAUUUCAAGUCAAAAUCAAGUUCAUUGUACAAAGAUAUGGAAGCCAUUUUUUCUUCCAAUUGA